AUGUGGACAGGAAUGGUUGAUUUCUACUUGAUUGGCUACAAAUCAGAAGAUAAUGUCCUUGAGCAUUCAGAUGAUCAGCUGAACUCAGAAGAGAAGAAGAAAAGAAAGCAGAGAAGGAACAGGACUACCUUCAACAGCAGCCAGCUCCAGGCAUUAGAGAGGGUUUUUGAGAGGACACAUUACCCUGAUGCCUUUGUACGGGAAGACCUUGCACGCAGAGUCAACCUCACUGAAGCAAGAGUUCAGGUGUGGUUCCAGAACCGGAGGGCGAAGUUUCGCCGGAACGAGAGGGCCAUGCUGGCCAGCAAGAACGCUUCUCUGCUCAAAUCCUACUCAGGGGACGUGACCGCUGUGGAGCAGCCCAUUGUACCUCGCCCAGCUCCGAGACCCACCGACUAUCUCUCCUGGGGUACUGCCUCACCUUACAGCGCCAUGGCCACCUACUCCGCCACAUGUACCAAUGCCAGCCCCGCGCAGGGCAUGAACAUGGCCAACAGUAUUGCCAACCUGAGACUGAAGGCAAAGGAAUAUAGUUUACAGAGGAAUCAAGUGCCCACAGUCAAUUAAUGACUGGAGGCAGCUGCCUCACAGAAGGAGAAAAUACAACAGCACCCGUCCUGCUUCGCAAUUUGUUUGUGCUGAAAGAAAAAGGAAAAAAAAAAACAAAAA